AUGAUGAGUAGUACAACAGACCAUAUAAUUGAAGACGAAACAAUGACUGAAUCCGACAAUCGUAAAAGUUUUCUAAUAUCAAAUCUUUUAUCAUCUGAAUCAAUACUAGAAACUGAAGAAGAAGAAGAAGAAGAUGAAGAAGAAAAUAUAUCAAUGAAUGAUGAUUCAAUUGAAGAAAAACUUGAAAAUGAAUCCAAAUUACAUCGAGCAUUUCCAAAACCAUCAUUAACAUCAAUGAUAUUUCCACGUAUAAUGUCUACAAAUGAUUUUUCCUAUCUUUACUAUCUCAGUUAUCAAUAUUUUGCUAUGCAAAUGUCAAAAACGAAUCCAAUACAAUCAACUGAAAAUUCUUCAAUAAAAAAACCAUAUUCUUUUACUACACCACCAACAUCGUCAUCUUGUUCAUCAUCAUCACCAUCACCAAAUUCAACAACAAAUUCCCGUUAUCAAUGUGAUGGUUGUUCAAAAUCUUAUUCAACAUUCGGUGGACUUUCUAAACAUAAACAAUUUCAUUGUAUAGCACAAAUAAAAAAAACAAUUUCAAUGUAA